AUGUCUCAACAACAUAAUUGUUUGUUUUGUUUAAAAAUUAUUACUUACUACAGAAAUAUUACAGAUAAUCUUAAAUCUAAAAUUGAUAAUUGUUCUGAUAAAAAUAAUUAUAAAGAUCUUAGAGUUGGAGUUGAUAAAUUAUGUUUUGAAUGUUAUAUGAAAAUUGUAGAUUCUCAUUGGUGUCAAAUAUUCACAAUAAAUAAAAAUAAUAAAUCAAAUAAUUCAUAUUUAAUAGAAACUAAUGAUUUAAAUGAAUCUAGCAAAACUAAUAUUUCAACAAAUUUAAUGAAUAUUAAUAAUUUAAUUGAAAUUGAUAAUUCUACUACUUUAGAUUUAAUAGAAACUAGUGAUUUAAUUGAAACUAAUGAAUCUGAAAUUAAUAACUCAGCAAAUCUUAUUGAAUUAAUUAAAGCUCAAAAAGAAGAUUUAAUUGAAAUUAAUUUAAAUGAAAUUAAUCAACAAUUUUUAGAUAUUAAAGUUAAUAUAACUAAUAAUACAGUUUCAAUUGAUUUAGAAAAUUUUAAUCAAUUAAUUAAAUUAAUUAUUCAAAAAGAUUUAAAAAUAGAAUCUUUAACUAAUCAAAAUAACACAGAUCAAAAUCAAACUGAAUUACUUAUACUACAUAUAUAUGAUGAUGCUAUAAGUGAGCAUAAAGAAGAAAGAUCAAUGAAAAAUCUUAAAAUAAUUGGUAUACAAAAACAAAAUUUACAUUCAACAAAGGAUUAUUUAAAUGUAUUAGAUAUAAUUACUUCAAUAGAAUUAUUACAACAAUAUCUUCAAAAUAAUAUUAUACCAAUAAUUGCAGAUUGA